CUGCACUCUUUUUCCCGCGCUUUAAAAAUCCCAACUUUUUCUCACCCCUCUCUAUCUGCAGCCUGCUUCCUAAUCUUAUAGUCAAAGUUUGCGCUUUGCUUUCCCAUUAAAUUCACUCUCUUUCGAACACUUUUUAUUUCCUUUAUCCCCACAAACCCACAAACCCCCAAACCCCCUCAAGUUAAGUUUAUGCCUCCAACAAGUUUCACUCUUUUCAUCAUAUUGAUCAUCUGAGUUUUCACUGUUUUCAGAUGGAUACCAUGAGACCCAAAUCAGCCUUCAACAACAACAACAACAAGCAGAGCAAAUUGGCUAGGACUUUCCACAAGGUCAUCAACCUCAGAAGCGCAACCAGCAAAAUUGCAUCCAACAAUGGCAUUUGCCUUCUCACAUCUCAGGCCAAAGUCAAGGAGGACCGUGAACAUUUCGAAAAGCAUAGGCAUUUGGACAAGAAGGAAGAAGAAUUCAAAGCCAGAAACAGAGCUGUCAUGGAAGCUUUGCUGGCCAAGCUCUUUGCUGGCAUCACUUCCAUCAAAGCUGCCUAUGCAGAGCUCCAAAUGGCCCAAAAUCCAUACAACAACGAAGCUAUUCAGAUGGCUGAUCAGUCCGUCGUCGACGAGCUCAAAGCCAUAUCAGAAUUGAAACGCAGCUUUUUGAAGAAAGAGCUCGAUCUCUCACCCCAGGUCACUCUAAUGCUUGCAGAGAUUCAAGAGCAGCAGGGGCUAAUGAAGACCUAUGAGAUCACCAUCAAGAAAUUGGAGUCUGAAGCUGAACACAAGGGCACAGACAUUUAUUCUCUCCAAAAAAAGCUUGAAGAUUGUGUCUCAUUCAACAAGUCCUUGGAAAACAAGCUAAACGCAAGUGGCUCUCUGUCUCUGUCCAUGUUCGAAAAUCUUCGGCUUUCGGUGCUCAACCCAACACAUUUUGUUCAGUUUCAGCAACACACUUUAAGAUCCAUAAGGAGCUUCGUGAGGCUGAUGAUCCGUGAAAUGGAAUCUGCAAACUGGGAUCUCGAUACAGCCAUCAAAUUCAUCGAGCCAGACUCUAUUUUCGCAAAACAGAGCCAUAGUUGCUUUGCGUUCGAAUCAUUUGUGAGCAAAACCAUGCUUGAAGGCUUCAACAACCCAAACUUUGGGCUACCCAGUGAGUCUUUGCCCCUUAACAACAAAACCCAGCUUCUCUUUUUUGAGAAAUUCAAGAAACUCAUAUCAGUAAAUUCAAAAAACUUUCUUGCCCAGAACCCAAGUUCAUCGUUUUGUAAGUUCACUCGGGCCAAGUACCUUCAACUCGUUCACGCAAAGAUGGAGUGUUCUCUUUUUGGGAAUUUAAACCAGAGAAAGCUCCUAAGCACCGGUGGGGUUCCAGACUCUGCAUUUUUUGCGGCGUUUGCAGAAAUGUCGAUGCGGGUUUGGCUUUUGCAUUGCUUGGCAUUCUCAUUUGGUCAACAAGUUUCCAUCUUUCAGGUCAAGAAAGGCUCCAGAUUUUCAGAGGUGUACAUGGAGUCUGUGACUCCGAACGAUGUCGAUACAGAGCCUUCAGUGAGUUUCACAGUUGUGCCAGGGUUCAAGAUUGGGAAGACGGUGAUACAGAGCCAGGUUUACUUGUCUCCAGUGACUGCUCCGGCAAGCCGAUGAUUAAUUUGCACUCUCCGGUGUGAAUGGUACUUUGUUUUGGAACUUAGACAGUUUGGAUUCAAGUAUUUACAAUCGGAUGGUGAUGGCUGGUUUUGGGUCUUGGAUUGAAGAAUUUAAGAUCGGAUGGUGAUAUGGUAGGUGAUAGGAAAUGUAAAUAAUGCAGAGCCAUUGGAUGUAAUGUGGGUCCAAAGUGGUAGGUUUAGGUUGUAGCAGAAAUGUAUACAAAAUUAAAUGUCUUCCUUGCUCUAUAUAAUAUAAUAAUAUUUGCUCA